CGCCCCUGGCACCGGGCGGUGACUUGGCAGCUGGGCGCCCGGCAGCGCCCGCACCCCAGGAGGGCAUGCGCCCCUCUUUGGGCCGGAGCGCUGGGUCCCCAGCGCCCAGAGGUGCCCCGGACGCCGUCUGGCUCCUCCCCCGAGACCCUGCCCCCUGGGCGCGCCGUCGUCCUUCCCACCCCUGGCCGACCCCGGCGCCCGUGCCACGCUGGGACGAGUCGGGGGCACGGCCGGGAGCCCGGAGCCGCGCGCCCGCGACCUGGGCAGCGCCCGCGGCCCAUGGAGCUGCGCGCCGCCAACGCCAGCUGCGAGAACGGUUCCCUGAUCAGCCUCUACUGCUCUUCCCAAGAAGUCCUGUGUCAGAUUAUCAGCGGCCUUAGCCCUGAGGUGCCCCAAAAUGCCACCUUGGACAGCUGGAAGGAAAGAAUCAGGAAGAACUACGGUUUCUACAUUGGCUUGGGCCUGGCCUUCCUGUCCUGCUUUCUCAUCGGCAGCAGUGUCAUCCUCAAGAAGAAGGGCCUCAUUAGGCUCGUGGACAGCGGGGCCACUCGCGCUGUGGAAGGAGGCUACGGCUACCUGAAGGACACGAUGUGGUGGGCUGGAUUUCUCACCAUGUCUGCUGGAGAAGUUGCCAACUUCGGAGCCUAUGCAUUCACACCUGCAACAGUCGUCACACCGCUGGGAGCACUGAGUAUCCUCAUAAGUGCCGUGCUGUCCUCCUAUUUCCUGGGGGAAAGUCUGAAUCUGCUCGGGAAGCUGGGCUGCGCUAUCUGUGUGGCCGGCAGCACAGUGAUGGUGAUACACGCCCCUAAAGAAGAGGAGGUCACGACUGUCACAGAGCUGGCUUCCAAGAUGAAAGACACAGGCUUCAUCAUCUUCACUGUGCUUCUGCUGGUGUGCUGCCUCAUCCUCAUCUUCAUCCUUGCCCCCCGGUACGGACAAAGGAAUAUCCUCAUUUACAUCGUCAUCUGCUCUGUGAUCGGGUCCUUCUCUGUGAUCGCUGUUAAGGGCUUAGGCAUCACCAUUAGGAACUUCUUUCAGGGGUUACCUGUUGUUCGGCACCCUCUGCCCUACAUCCUGUCCCUCAUCCUGGCACUUAGCCUCAGCACUCAGGUCAACUUCCUCAACAGGGCACUGGACAUCUUUAAUACUUCCUUGGUGUUCCCCAUCUACUAUGUGUUCUUCACUACGAUGGUGGUUACCAACUCCAUCGUCCUGUUCAAGGAGUGGUACAGCAUGGCCGCGGUGGAUAUUGUGGGCACCCUGUCUGGCUUUGUCACCAUCAUGUUGGCUGUGUUCAUGCUUCAUGCUUUCAAAGACUUGGAUAUCAGUAGGACCAGCUUGCCCCAUAUGCGCAAAAACCCCACCCCACCUCCCGCCCCAGAGCCUGCUGUCAUCAGACUGGAAGACAAGAACAUCCUUGUGGACAAUAUAGAACUUGCCAACACCCCAUCACCAGAAAAGAAGCCAAGAACCUCAAUCCAUGCGUAAGGAAGGGACUACACAAGCAAGAGGAGGAGCCUGAUGAUGCAGCCUGAACUCUCAACGUUAGAACCACUUGGCUGUUUCAGCACAACCAUUGCCCAUGGGCUGUGUUCUUUUUUUUGAGAUGUUAAUUUAUACCUCAUUGCUGUUUUGAGGAGAAAAAAUUCCCUACCCAAUAAGCAGUGGUCACAGCACUUCCUGGAAAUAACCUCAGUGACCAGCUUUACACUGCACCAGCAGGUACCCCAGGCCUCCCUUCCCAUUGGUUCCCUCUACACCACCUGCACAUUAGGAAGAGGAUAGAGUAUGACCUGUUGAAUGUAGCACAGUCCAAGAAUUCCUUGAGUCUGGUCAUCAGGAAAUUCUUCAUACCAGUUCUCUUCCUGAGACUGGAUCUCCAUUUCUUAGCUCAAUAAUGCAAUAGAGUCAGCUCCCAGAAGUCCAGAGCAGUUUAGUAGCCUCCCUGUCCAGAGCCAACAGGUACACAAGCAAUGCAAAAUAUCCUGUUGCUUUUGUCAUUUAAUCUUGGGAUGGAAACAAUACCCUAGCUGACUUUCUUACUGUGAGAGCCACCUGAUGUCUCAGGGAAGCUUGGCCAGUGGGACAGCUAUGAAUCUCAGGGACUGACUUGGGUGCUGCCUUGGCAUAGCCUGCCUGGUGGGGGCUGACUAGAUUUGCCAUUGAGUCCCUAGUUCCACCAAGGAGCUGCCCACGAGGAAGCAGCACACCAUGCCUAACCCAGCAUCACCUGCUAUGGGGACUGCCUUUGUCCCUCACAUUUGGCCAGAGGCAUUCAUAGAAGUCGAGCAGCUGGGGUUAUUACCCCUUCCCCUUUUCUAGCUGCAAGAGCAUGAAGGAAAUGAGGACCACUGGAAAGGGAAGUUAAGGAGCCUGUUCAUCAGAAGGAGGGAAGAAUAGAUCCUCAGCCCCACACUGGUGCAGAGAUCCUUGUGGGGGUCCCUGCCUGCAUGCUGUGUUCACUUCUGGUGCCCUGAGUGUGGCCAAGUCCUCCCCACCACUGCUGCAGACCUAGGAGUUUUGUAGGCUCCGUGGGCCCACGUUCUGGCUCCCUGUACCUGCAGCCCCAAAUGCUGUUCUUAAUGAAUGUGAUUUCGCUCUGUGACUAAUAUCACUGCAACACCACGGAGCUCAAGAAUGGCAGUAAACUGAGAGCCUUGAGAGCAUGAACUCCAGGGUUAACAACACAA